GCUCAAUUGGUGUUUCUGUAUCUUUUAGAGAUGGCGUAGGAGUGGUGGCCACAUGGGCUUCAGAAAGCUCUGAUCUUGGGAAUAGGGACUGCAAGCUAGAGUUAACUAUGGAUGAUUGUGGUGACUGCCUAUCAGCUCCCGGAGGCCAAAGCUAUGGAGUUUUCCAAAAAGCCUCUGACAGAAACUGCACGUACUUCGUAGAAUUUUUAUAAGCAGCCACACACCCAAGCUCCUUCCCCACGUGUCUCUUACAUCUCUGCCAUUCCGCUUCCUCUGCUCUCCGAGCCACUAGACCGGAAGGGUCCUCGAACAAAACUGUCCGGUUGGUUUUUCGGGGCUCCCGGGAAAGUCGUUCCGGCUGGAGGGAACCAAAGUAAGCAAAAUCCAAGGCGGCUGUGGCAGUGGCAUCAUGAAGAAGGAGCAGGUGCUCCACUGUCAGUUCUCCGCUUGGUAUCCGCUCUUCAGGAACCUCACUAUCAAGAGUGUCAUUCUUCCACUGCCUCAGAAUGUGAAGGAUUAUUUACUUGAUGAUGGAACUCUGGUGGUCUCAGGAAGGGAAGAUCCACCAACGUGUUCUCAACCAGACAGUGACAACGAGGGAGAAGAAAUACAGUGGUCAGAUGAUGAGAACACAACAACACUUACGGCACCAGAGUUUCCUGAGUUUGCAAUUAAAGUUCAAGAAGCCAUCAAUUCCCUGGGGGGUAGUGUAUUCCCUAAACUUAACUGGAGUGCACCAAGGGAUGCUUACUGGAUAGCGAUGAAUAGUUCUCUGAAGUGUAAAACGCUCAGCGACAUCUUUCUACUUUUCAAGAGUUCUGACUUCAUUACUCGUGACUUUACUCAACCGUUUGUUCACUGUACUGAUGAUUCCCCAGACCCUUGUAUGGAAUAUGAGCUUGUUCUUCGAAAAUGGUGUGAAUUAAUUCCUGGGGCAGAAUUCAGAUGUUUUGUCAAGGAAAAUAAGCUUAUUGGUAUAUCCCAGAGGGACUAUACACAGUAUUAUGAUCACAUUUCUAAGCAAAAUGAAGAGAUCUGUAGAUCCAUACAGGAUUUUUUCAAGAAACACAUACAAUAUAAAUUCUUAGAUGAAGACUUUGUAUUUGAUGUAUACCGAGAUAGUAUGGGCAAAGUGUGGCUAAUUGAUUUUAAUCCAUUUGGUGAAGUAACAGACUCACUACUGUUCACAUGGGAAGAACUAAUAUCUGGAAAAAACUUAAAAGGUGAACAUAAUGAAGGAGAGGCUCUCGAACAGGAUUCUCCAACCUUUCGUUGCACAAACAGUGAAGUUACAGUACAACCAAGUCCCUACCUGAGUUACCGACUUCCUAAAGAUUUUGUAGAUCUCUCCACUGGUGAAGAUGCUCAUAAACUAAUAGACUUUCUAAAACUGAAAAGAAAUCAACAAGAAGAUGACUGAUAAGAGCCAGAGAGUUAAAGGCUUAAGUAAAGAAGAAAGCUUGUAGGCUUCUUCACUAGGCUGCUUGUAGGCCAGACCCUUCUACCAACCUGAAGAAAAACCAAUCAAUUGCUUUUUAUAUUCAUGUAUAUUCAACUAGAAAAAAAUGGAGAGACUUUGUUACCAUGUCAAAAUAGCAUAAUAAAUAGAGAACUUCAACAUAGGAAUCUAUCUUGUUCUAGUGGUAUGAAACAUUUUGUAUGGUCUAAUUGGUCUUUUGACUCAGCCUGUGAAGCCAAAUUAAGCUAAGCUUCUUGUAAUAUUUUGUGCCCAAUAGGUAGGUGGAUAAACUUGUGUUGCUGUUAUGCAAUAAUGAAUUUAGAUUAAUUAGCUUUAUCUUUUGGAAUAACCCCAGGUUGCCAUGGGCUUUCUUGCUUUCUUUUUUUUUUUUUAACUUUGAAGAGACUCUUAUAAUCUUUGUAUCAAUUUGUUCUUGAUCUUCAGUUUUUUGGAUAACAAAAAAUUCUUAGUUUCAUCAGAUUUUCAUGAUCAUAUUAAUAUUGUGUCAAAUUAUAACAUAAAGUUUACUGUAGUUUAGGUAAGAGAUCUCCUUAUUUUGUUUUUAAGAAUUAUGUGAUAUCAGUUCUCUUAAUGAUUAAACCAUUCUCCAAAAGUUUAUUUGGCACUUGGGAACCGAGGUUUAAUAUUUCAAUGCCCUGUUGUCCCAAAUGCCAACAGCAGAAGUCCAUGAAAGUGAAUACAGUUCUCCAGAGUGCUUCAUGUGUUCCCAGAGUGCAUCUUGUUCUUCACUUGUAAAAAACACACUGGCAUAAUAUAGCUGGAGAGGCCAGAGAGAUGUGGAGAGAGAAAAAAGUCAUCCUGACAAUUUCCCCUUGCAACCUUCACCUGUGCUCCACACCCAAUACACACACACACACACACACACACACACACACACACACACUGACUUGGUGACUCUGAGCAAGGAACUUCUCCAGUAGUGCUCUAGACAACUGUCCAGGACUAUCAGGUCCAUUGGAGUCACUGACCCUCUUUGGUAAAGGGGUUACCUACAAUCAGUUAAAUGACAGGCCCACCUCCAUCCCCUCUUUGGGUAUUGCGUUUUCAUAAGAAAGAGAGCAGUAUACAUCUUUAUUCCUGGCAAAUAAAGACCACAUGGUAGAAGGCGUCAUGCCUAUUUGUUCAUUCUAGAUUCAAUUUUGCCUUUUUGCUUUUAGAUUAUGAGCCAUUAUUACUCAUGUUGUCGCCUCUGCAAGUCCUUAAGUACCAAUAGAUGUUUUAAAAGAACAUUCCAGGUGUUCUCCUGUGUCUGUUUCAAUUUUCCACAGGGCUGGAGUAACUGGAAGAAUGAGAAGUUUGAUGUGCAUACUACAAGACUUAGAAUUUUAGAUUAUACUUUUCAUCAUUUAAGUAGCAUCAUCCAUUAUUUCUUUGCAAUGUUCUAGAAUUGUCUUGAAUUAAUUGUUUAUGAGUCAAUAUCUUUACUUGUUCCCAUAAUCUUAUAAAUCUGAGGAGAUGCCAUUGAAGUUGUACCCUUAUUGAUCAUUUUGGGAUAAUGUGUUUAUCUAUACAGGUGAUAGUGUUCAAGGUGGGCUUCUGUUUUGAUUUUAUUUUGGUAAAAAAUAUCUAUAGGCUGAUUCUUAUUAGAGAAAUUUCUAUGCUAACUUGGCUCUUAGUUUAUUUACAUGAUGUAAAAUGUGUCUGGCGAAAUUUUAUUUUUUUAAAUUAUAAAAUCCUAUAGUAUGCCUCUAAAAAAGAACAAAUAUUAUUUAUAUAUGCAUUUCAAAUAGGAUCCAAAAUUUAUUGUUUAUUAAUAUGUGCUUUUCCCAAAAUAUUUUAAAGGGACAUAGCCUCCUUUUCAAAGGAAUGUAGAAAAGGUAUGCCUAUUCUUAGAUUCUCAUCUGUUCUUGACACCUAGAGGCAGCAUGGUGUAAUAAUGUAAAGAAGAUUGUGUUUUGGAAUCAAUUCCUCACCCUGCUACUUACUACUUGUGUGACCUUGGAUAGGGCCUUUGUAGAAACCUACAACUUGCACAUCCUCACUCACUGACAUCUUGAAAGAUAUAGGAAGCAGUACAAUUAGGAAAGAGAGUAAACUAUUUAGAGACUCAUUUGUAUGAGUUGGGGUUGGGGUUGGUGCCUGGAGGGCCCAUAGGAGUCUUCCAAUCCAACCUCUUCAUUGUUCAGAUUUUUAAAACUCAAAAGCAACAAUGGCUUUCCUAGGAUUACACAAUCCAUCUCCUCUGACUGUAGGUUCACUGUACUUUAUACUAUAACAUGUUCUAGGCUUUAUCUCCCAUCCCCUUCAAAUCAUGUUGAAGUGUUCCAAACAUAACUGCACCCUGACUCUGAAGUCAUAGAAUCAUUUAGAUUUAUUAAAAAAAACAUUCAAUCAUUGAAAUUGAUGAUUCUUGCCUUUCUCCCCAUUGAGAAGGAAAGCAAAAGCCUUGUAAUAACCAGGUCAUAUAGAUUUAUAGCCAAAAGGAACCUUAUAGGUUAUCUAGUCCAAUCCUCUCUUUAUAAAUGAGCAAACUGCAGCACAAAGAUGAAGUAAUUUGCCCAAGAUCUCACAUUUGUUGGCAGAAGAGCAUUCCAUCUUAGAUCCUUGAACUCCAAAUUCAGCAGAGAAAAUUUUCAAGUGUGUUGAACCAAUGAAAUGAAUAAAUGUGGAUAUCUGGAAGCAUAAUGGAAAUGGAAUAUUAAAACAUGAUCCCUGUGUCUUGUGAACCAUGAUCCCAAUGAAUAUGUGUUUAGAACCACAUGUUUUUUUAAUGACUGUGAGCCAUGAGGUACAAAUAGCUUGUCACAUUGAGGCUCAUUCCUUUGUAUUCAUAUUAAUGUUAUUUUGUUAAUAAAAUUUAAUUGUAUUUGAGCUAUAAAAACUUUUGACUUCCUUAGAAAGUGAUUCCUGCUUUUGAAUAGUCUCAUAAUUCAGAAGCUACCAUGUCUGUUUUUGUCAGUUAUGAAAACUAGUAUAACUUUAAAAUAUGUUGUCUGUCUGAAUAAUUGAUUUUUUCCUUCCAUAUUUGGAACUUAUUUAUUUCAAUGCAUAAGGAUCUUAGCUGGGAUAACAGGAUCAUAUAUUUAUAGAUUUUCUCUUUAAAUAAAGAACUGAAAUUGAA